UUUUCAGCUGGUCUGUCCGUCGACAAGUCACCUGUUGUAGGAUGCACUGACUUAUUGGUGGAUGCUGCCUGUUUAUCGUGUCCUUGUCCUGUAGCAAGGGCAGCAUCCCGACCUGCCCUGUUUUAAGGGCAACCUUGCUCUCAACCCAUUCGUUCAUCCUGCUGGUGAACUACACGUUUAGGAGCGCGGUUGGAUAAAAGUUAGAAAACUACCUAGGAUACAGCUAGGAUAUUUAAAAAAAAAAUAGGAACAAUGUUUGCCCAACUUUUUGAAGUGUCAAUGGCCACUGCCUCCAAAGCAAUGGCUUCUUACGUGAGCAGAAGUUUUGCCCUGAAGCUGCCGAGCAAAGUGUGCGGCUCGAUGGCUCCGAACGCAAGAUUUUUCUCCCAAAAUUCGCCACAACUGCCACGGCUGCCGGUGCCGCCGCUCAAAACCACCCUUGAGCGCUAUUUGAGAUCAGUAAAGCCGUUUGUCGAUGAGAAAGAAUUUAAAGUCACACAAGCCUUGGCUGAAAAAUUUAGUGGUGGAGUUGGCGAAAAACUGCAGAAAUUAUUAGAGGACAGGGCAAAGAAAACAGAAAAUUGGCUGGCAGAUUGGUGGUUAAAUUCUGCGUAUCUGGAGUUUCGAGCGCCUGUAGUGGUAUUUUCCAAUCCUGGUUUAGUUUUUCCAAGGCGCCAAAUUUCAUCCAGAGAUGAGCAAGUGGCCCACGCAUCACAGGUUAUUUCUGCUGCUUUGGACUUCAAAGUCAGACUUGAUACGAAUCAAAUUGCGCAAGAAAAAAUGGGACCUCAUUUGCUGGACAUGUCGCAGUACUUUAAGGUUUUGGGAACCUGUCGAAUUCCAGCCUUGAAACGGGACAAGUUGCGCCUGCCCGACCAAAAUGCGCCUUCGACUCACAUUGUCGUCAUGCACAACAAUCACUUUUUCAAAGUAAAUGUCUAUGGAGACCACGGCGGGCCCAUCAGCCAGGGUCAGAUUUUAGCCCAGUUGAAGGAUUGUGUUUCCAACUCGAAAGAAACGGCCCCUCCUGUUGGCAUCCUCACCUCUGAACACAGAGACAAUUGGGCAAAGGCGCACGAAAUUCUCAGCCAAAGUGCCAAGAAUAAGGCUGUUUUUGACGCCAUUGAAACGUGUCUGUUCCUGGUCUGCAUCGAUGGCCCUCCAUCACCGGCAGAAAGGGCAGCACCCAACAAAUUUACCUCGGCAGCUCUCAAAAUGACUCACGGUGGUGGUUCUCUGGGUAACUCUGGAAAUCGAUGGUUUGACAAAACCAUCCAAUUUGUUUUUGGUCCUGACGGAGAGGUUGGCUUGACCUACGAGCAUAGUCCUGCUGAGGGUCAACCAAUUGCUGUCAUGAUGGACCAUAUUGUCAACUACUGUGCGCAGCAACCAAGACCACAACAGCCAGCAAUAAAAUUUGCAAAACCUUUGAAAUUGCAAUUUGAGGUCAAAAGUGAAGUGUCUGGAUUGAUUGAACAAGCAAAAACCAACCUGGAUAAACUUGUAGAUGACUUGGAAAUGUACAGUUUUGCCUACACUGGAUAUGGAAAGGAAUACAUCAAAUCCCAAAAGCUCAGCCCAGACAGCUACGUCCAAAUGGCAAUCCAGUAUGCUUUUUACAGGCUGCACAAUGUUCCUGGUGCCCAUUAUGAGUCGGCCGCCACUCGCAGGUUCAUCCACGGACGGACUGAAACAAUCCGCUCCUGUUCCUCCGAGUCGAUCAAAUUUGCUCAGACUAUGUUGGACGGAGGCGCCAGUGCCAACGAAAAGGCCUCGACUUUGAGAAGCGCCAUCAAAGCCCACAAGGAUUACGCUACUUUGGCUUUGGCUGGAGAAGGUGUAGAUAGGCACUUCCUCGGGCUUAGACUGAUUGCCACUGAGAAUCAAAUUGAGCUUCCAGAGUUCUUCAAAGACGCCGCCUUUACCCGGAGCUCCUACAUGCGCCUCUCCACCAGUCAGGUGGCAGGGCGCAGCGAGUCUUUCAUGUGCUACGGUCCUUUAGUACCCGAUGGUUAUGCUUGUUGUUACAACCCGAGGGCCAACGACAUCAUCUUCGGAACUUCCGCCCACAAUUCAUGCUCCGAAACCAGCGCUCGCAAUUUUGCCAGCGCUUUGGAAGAAUCCUUCACCGAUAUGCAAAGAAUCUUGAACCUGUCGCCUCUGGCCAAACUGUGAUUAACUAAGAACGCCUUUUUAUAAAAUUCACAUGAAAAAUAAACAAGACCACCUUUAUAAUUACCACCCAAGACUGCAAAAAAAAUAAUUUACAUGAAGACAAUAAAAUAUAUUCAAAAAGUGUAACAUUAUCAAAAUUAAUGAACUUCGUUUGAAAAAUAAAAAUAUGUUGCUUUAUGAAA